GGAUGACUAGCAACUUCUCCUCCCCCAGUGGGCGAAGAGACUUCUUUGAGGAGGCUUUGUUCAAGAACAUCGCAGUGGUUCUGUUUGGCCUUGUUAUUAACUAUAUCAAUGGGACCUUGUUGUACACCUUCUUCACCAAUGUGACCUUCCACAGCGACUCCAGGUACAUCCUGUACAUGCAGCUGAUCAUCAAUGACAGCAUCAAGAUGUCUUUCAUUGUGCUCUUGCUUGUCAUGUCAUAUGUCUGCCCUUUCCUAAAUGUGUCCGUGUGUAUAAUUCUGAUUCUAAUAGGAAGCAACACUCAUAAGAAUGCUCCUCUGAACUUGGCAAUCAUGUCUAUUGAACGCUUUGUAGCCAUCUGUCAUCCUUUACAGCACCCUCUGAUCUGCACAGUGAGUAGGACCUAUGUGCUCAUCGCCUGUAUUUGGGUUGUGGGGGCCAUCCCUGGGUUCAUAAAUGUCAUUAUCGCCUUUGUCUUAAAGCCUUUGUCAUUUUUCUCUACCGGUAGGAUGUGCUAUCAUCAGAAUGUCUUUGACUCAGUUCACAAUUAUAACAACAACUAUGCCGCCAAUAUCCUUUACAUGUGCUUUGUGUGGAUCAUAUUGAUCUACACUUACUUUAGAGUGAUGCUUUCAGCCAAAGCUGCAACCUCCGAUCCAGUUUCAGCCAGAAAAGCCCAGAUUACUAUACUACUGCAUGGGGUGCAGCUGCUACUCUGUAUGCUGUCCUACAUCACUCCUGUCAUGGACACUACCCUCAUCAUCCUCUUCCCCAACUUCCGCUCCAUCAUACUGUUCUGCAAUAACAUCAUAACUAACAUGUUACCCCAGCUGCUCAGCCCUCUCAUCUACGGUCUACGAGAUCAGAAGUUUAAGAAGCACAUGAAGGGUUCUCUUCUUUGUAUGAAAACCAAUCCGGUGGUGAAACCGAACUGAAACCUAAAGCACUCAGGGCUUAUUCAGUGGGGUAAACCAGUGAAACAUGUAGAACAUUGCAACUAGACAUUUCUACUGCACUUACAUGAAUGUUGUCAGGUGCAGUGCUCCACUUGUUGCAUGAUACCUGCAGUUGAAAGAGCCAAUGGUGAAAUAAUGUAGUCGUGAGUUUAAACGUGUGCAAUUAUCGCUAUACUGCACACCUAAGUAAUAAACCAUCUGCUCUGUAAUCUGGUAUUGGCCUUUUAUCAAGCACAGCAGGUAAUGCUUAUUGCUUACAUACGGAACAUUUCAUUAAAUUGUGUUACUUUUAAAUGCA